ACAAUGCAUCGCUCGUCUUGAAGCCUAGGAACGAUCUUCAUAUAUGUUGAACCCAUACAGAUGUUUGCAGCUUUUUUCUCGAAGGUCUCCAAUCGGCCCUGCUUUCGUGCGUCAAAUGGCGAGCACAGGUCGAAGCUCUAUCAUCGGUGUGAAUGAAUAUCAGAGAUAUGUGUGUUCGAUUGUUCCCCCGCUCGAUUUCAAUCUGCACAAAGGUCAAUGUGGACGGGUCGCGGUCGUUGGAGGCUCCGACAUAUACACCGGAGCUCCUUAUUACGUAGGGAUGUCGGCUCUCCGACUGGGAGCUGACUUGGUCUACAUCGUGACGACGAAAGAAGCGGCGCCGGUCAUCAAAUCCUACAGUCCGGAGCUGAUGGUCUUGCCUUACUUGAACGCUCCCGAUUCGUCGAAAAUUUGUGAAUUUCUCCUGCCGCGAGCUCACGCUCUCAUUAUCGGACCGGGCCUGAGAUUGGAUGCAGAGCUGGAUGAAAUUGUCUCGACCAUCAUCAAAGAGGCGAUAAGAGCAAAGAAACCGAUAAUUUUCGAUGCGACAGUGUUCCCUCUUCUCCGCCGAAAGUUGGAGCUCUUCAAGGGCUAUAGUGGGGCCGUUCUAACACCCAACAUCCCCGAGUUCAAGGACCUCUACGAGGCAGUUUUCCAGAAAAAAUGCGAGUCGGUGACACCAGACGCUGUCGAGGAGCUGGCCGCCAAGCUCGGAAACGUCACAAUUCUCAGCAAAGGACCGACUGACAUAAUCAGCGAUGGGAAAAGUUUGACAGUGACUGACGAACAAGGUAGUCCGAGGAGGUGCGGUGGACAAGGCGACGUGUUGGCUGGUCUCUUAGGAACCUUCGUGUCGUGGGCCACUGAUACUCAAGUGCAGAGAGUUUUCAACAAGAAUUGUCCACAUUCACCGCUUAUAGUCGCCGCUCUCGGAGCAUCCAUGGUGACUAGACGAAGUGCUAGAACAGCAUUCAAAGACAUGCGUCGAAGCACGCUGACCACCGACAUCAUUCAGGAGAUCCGUGAUAGCUUCACAGCGCUAUUCCCCGUGGACUGACCGUUGGAUGCAUCUUAAGCCUCCAAGACGGAAAAGAGCCGAGGAGGCGCGUUUCGCUCAAACAUUCGGAUGCAAUCAUAUCUACCUAUUGACCGGUCGAGACUUUCCUCGUCACAUUUUAUUCAAUCAAUAAAAGUA